AUGCCUGCAUGCACGUCCAUCGCCGUCACCGGCCAGCCCCAGUCAUGCACAUCCGCUGCCGCCCUCACGGUGCCACUGCGGCCACAGCUUCUAAGGUCUAAGAUGCUGGGACUUACUGGGAACGCAUGCACCUCGCCACACCUGCAUCCGCUGCGCGAGGCCUCCACACACCUGCUCGGUGACACGCAGCAGCGCGCGCGCCAUCGCUGUUGCCCAACCACCCAUGAUGCCACCUUAUCGCAUCACCGCAAGGAGGCUCUCAGCACCAAAGCCAUUGACGAUAUCAAUCACUCGUUGCUGAAUAACACUGCCUACGGGGUGCUCUCCGGCAAGCGCGGUUGCAGGCCGCGGCGCUCCUCCUCGGGGGCCUGCCGCAGCUCUUCGCUGGCGCUGCUGGACACAGCUGAGGCGGCCUUGACCAGACCUGACCGCUGCAGCAGCGCACCAGCGAAGGAGGCUGUCGCUUCAACCGUGGCGACGCUGCCGUCAUUGUCACCGAUGAAGGUCAAAGCGGUCGCAGACAGUGCAAGCGUCUCCCCAGGUGUGACGUCUACGACCGCCGUCGCUGAGGUAUUGCCGAUGUCGCUGUGCGCGUCGAACACCCCACGCCGUCUCUCCGAUGCGCUGCGGUGCGAUCUCGGGCAGAGCAGCGACAGCGAUUGUUCCAUCGCCUCACCGCGGAUGGCCCUUUCUCUCUACGCGACAGAGGAAGAGCUUCCCGUCUGCAUCGACCCGGAAGGUGUGCAGUGCUGCCCGUUAAUCGAUCCUGAAUGCGAGGAAGGCGUCGUGACGGAUGCACAGAUCAACUUGUCACCGUUCCUCAACUGGAAGUUUGUGCCGUACCUCUCCUCGCAGGCGAAGGGCCAGGUCAGGCCCACGGUGGUGCUGGACAUGGAUGAGACGCUGCUGCACACGUCGGUGAUGCCGAUGCCAGACGCAGACGCUGAGAUUGACGCGCUGUGCCCGUCCGACGAAGCGCAAGGCACAGGGACGUCAAUGACCUCGGGACGCUACAAGCUUUUCGUGAAAUACCGCCCGCACCUGGAACGCUUUCUGCUGUUUUGUCUGGACCACUUUGAGGUUGUCAUUUUCACCGCCAGCAAGGCCCUCUACGCCCAGACGGUGCUAAGGCAGUUGCAGAAAGACUUCCCCAGCAUCAACAUUCGCCUCGAUGGCAGCAGUGCCAGCGGCAGCGCUCCAGCGUCGCAGCGUGUGGGCGACGAGGCGCGCGUCAUUGAACUGCUGCACCGCGACCACUGCACACCGACAAACGUCGGCUACGCGAAGGACCUGCACCUCCUCGGCCGUGACCUGCGCCGCACCAUCCUCGUGGACAACAACAAUGUCUGCGGCGUUUUUCAGCCGUACAACUCUGUUCAUGUGAGGGACUUUGCGCGCCGACGCUGCGCCGAGCGGGUGCCAGAGCAGCAGCGGAUGAGGGUGACGCAGCUGUGUCAGCUAAAAGGGACGGCUCCUGCGUCGGCGAUGACAGCCGUGGAGGACGCAGACACUUCCCAUCUGCUCGGUAAUUUGGAGUGCACCACUUCCACAUACGACUGGUUGGAUCGAGAGGACACCGUGCUCCUCCGCUUAUGCGCUGCAGGCGGCCUCCUGCAUCGCUUGUCACAGUGCGAGAACGUGCCGUCUUUUAUGCAGCGCACUGUGUGCUUCAGCCGUAGAGCACACCUAUCACGGCUUGUACGCGGCUCAGUCAGUAGUGGGAUCAGGCCAUUCCCUGGGGAGGGGUAA